ACCGGAAGCCCGCAGACAAUGUAAACACCACGGCCCACAUCUCAAAAGGAUUUCCCAUUUAUUCAUUUUCCAUUUUUCUUUCAUCACGAUCGUUCUCAAAAUAUUUUAGUAUUUUCUAUCUCUAAAUUUGAGAUGAGUGAAGCACUAUUUGAAGGAUACGAAAGACAGUAUUGUGAGCUGUCUACGAAUUUAUCCAGAAAAUGUAAUUCAGCUUCUUCUAUUAUUGAUCCAGAGCAAAAAAGCAAAGAGAUUUCAGAACUACAAUCUGGAUUAGAUGAGGCUGAUGUUCUGAUAAGAAAAAUGGAUCUUGAGGCAAGAAGUUUGCAGCCAAGUGUGAAGGCAAUGCUGCUUGCGAAGCUUCGAGAAUACAAAUCGGAUUUGACCAAGUUGAAAAAGGAAGUUAAAAAACUUGCUUCAGCUAAAGGCGGUCAAACUGCACAUGAAGAGUUGCUCGAGUCCGGAAUGGUCGAUGCUCAUAUGGCUUCUGCAGGUCAACGAGAAAGAAUGGAAAUGUCAACUGAGAGGCUAAAUCAAUCUAGUGAUAGAAUUAGAGAAAGCAGGAGAGCUGUGUUUGAAACAGAGGAGAUUGGGGUCUCAAUACUUCAAGAUUUGCAUCAACAACGAGAAACUCUCCUAAACUCGCACGCAAAGCUUCAUGGUGUGGAUGAUGCGAUUGACAAAAGUAAGAAAGUGUUGACAUCUAUGUCAAGAAGGAUGUCAAAAAACAAGUGGAUCCUUGGUUCAGUGAUUGGAGCCUUUUUGCUUGCAAUCAUCUUUAUCUUGUAUUAUAAGAUUUUUCAUUAGUAAAUGGCAUCUAAAUACGUUGACCAUAUUGGAUGUACAUAUGUUAUAAACCUUGUUCUUGCCAAGUCAGACACCAUCUCUCGUUUGAGCUUUGUUGUAAAAUUAUAAUGGAAUUUGAUCUCUUCAUUUUA